UAUAAUUAAAAAGUAGUUAAAAUUUGAUGACAAGUGAGAGAAUACAUAAGUAUGAGGAAUCGAAAGGUGCAGUAUAUAAAAUUGAUUGAUUAGAUUUUAUUUAGAAAUGCAAGCAAAAGAAUUGUUUUUCGAAUAGUUACGGGAGUCCUUUUUGUUUGGUGAAGAAAUUCAAUGAUCAUAACAUUCUGAAGGAGAGUUACAAUAAGAUGAAUGUACGAGGAGAUGAGAAAUGUAGUUUAAAUGACCGCCUUCAGAAAUAUAGAUCUUAAGCUUAGAUGGCAUUAGAUAAAUUGGAGACUGGUGAAUGAUAUGCUAAUUUUAGGUAGAUUACAAAUACCAGAAGCAAUUACUGAUAAGAUAGAUGUAGUAGAAGUGUUAAGAAGAGGAAGAGUAAAUGUAGCAUCGAAUUUAAGUGCGAAUGAGGAAAGCUUAGCAAUUGUGAUUAUUUAUUAUAUAUUUUAAUGGACC